GAGCAUGCUUUCUCUAGGGCUGUUGUUGUGCUGAAUCUGUCGCUCUGACUUCCGACUACAGUGUGUGUGUUACUGGAGUGUGUGUGUGUGUGUGUGUGUGUUACUGUGUUGAGGAGAGAAGCGAGCUCAUCUCUGUGGUGCCACUUUAUCCUUUUUUUCCACGGCGUGCUUCAGAAAGCUUAUCUUUUCCGGAGCGGGAGGCAUUACACUGAUGUUUAUGUACAGUACAGAGCGGGCUGUUUUAUCUGAUAGUUGGACAAUCUAGUGCACUUCGCUGCAGAUGUUUAUUUCAGUGAACAAAAUUAUGAAGUGUCCGAAUGUCGGGACUUCACAGGGAAGGUUAGCAAACUAAACAAUUCAGCGUGUAGUUAAACUCCUGCUUGAGCGAAUGUACACUGAGAAUCACCCUUACACUGCUCCUGCAUUGCUUUCUGACGCGAUCAGCUGUUUAAAAGUAACUUAAUAAAUUGUCUUUUUUUUUUUUCCUGGAACAAAAACUGAAGCUCGCAAACAAACCAGUGCUGGUUAAAUGAGCUGCAUGUUUCUGGAUUUGUUUAUGCAUUUCCGUCCUUUGUGUACAUAAUGCAGUGUAUUUCUGAUGUUUUAUUUAUUUAUUUUUUUGAUGAUAACCUCGGCGUAAAUGGUGACGUGCACCUACAUUGUCAACAAUCCCUCAAGGGUUAAAGGGUUGCGCUUGGAGAAUAUUAUGGCGAAAGUGGGCGGGCGCUUCUGCUGGGGGCGGCGCUUCAGAGGUGCUGACGUACAUCGCGUCCGAAAAUCUCAUUGGUCGGAACAGAACUGGGCGUCCGCUUUCGCUCCACAAAACGAGCUUUACUACACGGAGGAGAAAUACUGAGGGACUGUAGAGAUCAAGAGCUGCUCUCAUUCACAUUACCAACAACGAUAUGUUUAUGUCAGCAGAUGUGUCUGAUGUGUCUGAUGGCUGAUGAUGCGGUGAUGAUAUGGCGAGCUCGCAGCACGAUAAAGUCGGCAUGGAUGUGGAUUUGAUGGAGGGAUGUUUUCUCAGUGGUCGAGGAUGCGAUGAGAGAGGGAAGAGUACUCGAUUUGGAAUUAUGCAUUACUGCACUGUUACUUCAGCUAGAGCAGUGUUAUAACAGUGUUAUAGCAGUGUUAUGGCAGAGUUAUAGCAGUGUUAUGGCAGCACGCAGGCCACAUGCACACUGAGACAAGGAACGGACGUGUAAUUUCGAGUUAAAUUACAGGGCUCAACUCACUACACCUGCCUUUCAAUUACUCCACAGACUCGUGGAUUUGUUCGCUGAUGCCAACACCCCCGGACUGCCUGUAUGGCCGGAUCAUGAAGUUGUUGACGUUUUUUCUUUUGCUUCCAGAGAGCCUCAAAAGGACUAGAAAAAGUGGGAAGCAGCCGGGCAAGUUGCCAGCAUGCUAUGAAAUCGUGACUUUGUCCUUGAAGAAGAAGAUGGCUGCAGAGCUGUACCCUGCCAGCAUAAACACCAACCUACCGAACAGUAACAGCACGGCGGUGACACCUGCCAACAAAAAGACUAUCGUCCAAGUGACCCAGACAGCAACCACUCCAACCGCCACCGCCGCACAGCAAAACAUCAACAAUAACAACGUCGAAACUGCCAGCUGGCAAUCCACUCAUCCCACACUUCGAGAGAGGAACGCUCUGAUGUUCAAUAACGAACUGAUGGCAGAUGUUCAUUUUAUUGUGGGUCGCCCUGGCGAGUCUCAAAAAGUUCCUGCGCACAAGUAUGUACUGGCGGUGGGGAGUUCUGUGUUUGGUGCCAUGUUUUAUGGGGAUCUUGCUGAGGGCAAAUCUGAGAUUCAUAUUCCUGAUGUGGAGCCUGCUGCUUUUUUAAUCCUGUUGAAAUACCUGUAUAGCGAUGAAAUUGAACUGGAGGCAGACACAGUGCUGGCCACUCUGUAUGCUGCCAAGAAGUAUAUUGUGCCUGCCUUGGCCAAGGCCUGCGUCAACUUUUUGGAGACCAGCCUGGAGGCCAAGAAUGCCUGCGUACUGCUGUCUCAGAGCCGGCUUUUCGAGGAGCCUGAGCUCACACAGCGCUGCUGGGAAGUCAUUGAUGCCCAGGCUGAGCUGGCUCUCCGCUCAGAAGGCUUCUGUGAAAUUGACUUGCAGACGUUGGAAAUCAUCCUGAAGCGGGAGACACUCAACACCAGGGAGGCUGUGGUCUUCCAGGCUGUCCUGGAAUGGGCCGUGGCCGAAUGCAAACGACAAGGACUUGGGCCAACAGCUCGCAACAAGAGGGCAGUGCUGGGCAAGGUCCUGUACUUGGUGCGCAUCCCCACCAUGACCCUGCAGGAGUUUGCAGAUGGAGCGGCGCAGUCGGACGUGCUGACUCUGGAAGAGACUCAUGACAUUUUCCUGUGGUACACGGCGGCCAAUAAGCCCAAGUUGGACUUCCCGUUGACGCAGAGGAAAGGACUGACACCGCAGCGCUGCCACCGCUUCCAGUCCUCGGCUUACCGCAGCAACCAGUGGCGCUACCGUGGACGCUGUGACAGCAUCCAGUUUGCCGUGGACAAGCGAAUCUUCAUUGCUGGGCUUGGCCUGUAUGGCUCCAGUGGCGGAAAAGCUGAGUACAGUGUUAAGAUUGAACUGAAGCGCCAAGGAGUCAUCUUGGCCCAGAAUCUGACUAAGUUUGUUUCAGAUGGUUCCAGCAGCACCUUCUCAGUGUGGUUUGAGCAUCCAGUUCAGGUGGAGCAAGAUGCUUUCUACACAGUCAGUGCUGUGCUGGAUGGGAAUGAGCUCAGCUACUUUGGGCAAGAGGGAAUGACAGAAGUGCAGUGUGGGAAAGUGACCUUUCAGUUUCAGUGCUCUUCGGACAGUACGAAUGGCACUGGUGUGCAGGGGGGUCAGAUCCCAGAGCUGGUCUUCUACGCAUGAAAGGUGUGACGACGGCGAUACUGAAGUGCAUUCCACCCACUGUAUUAGAUGCAAUGAACACAUGGGGGAGUACAGGGUCCCAAGACACUUUUGCCUUCUUAUAAGUGUAGCAGUGGAGGACAGUUGAAUGACAGCCUGUUUAUAAAACAGACUCUUCUCUGACAAAGCUUGAGUGAAAGAAUGCUCCUCUGCUUUAUUUAUUGAGAAAAGUAUAUUUGAAUUAAUUAUUGAUGCUGCAGCAUGCAGACCUAUAAAUAAAUAAAUAUAUAAAUAAAUAAAUCUAUAUAUAUAUAUAUAUAUAUA